AUGCUGCUCCCCGCCCUCCUCUUUAGGAUGGCGUGGGCACUGGCUAACGGGCGGUGGUGUGAGCAUAUGGAAACCUUCCUGGUGGAGGAGGAAGUGACCCCCCGCCAGGAGGACCUGGUGCCCUGCACCAGCCUCUAUCAUUACCAGCGCCUGGGCUGGCAACUGGACCUGUCCUGGGGUGGACGUGCAGGGCUCUGUCCCAUCUACAAGCCCCCAGAAAUCCGGCCCACUGCAAGGAACCGGACAGUGAGGGUUUGUUGUCCAGGCUGGGGGGGCACCCACUGCACCCUGGCCCUUGCAGAGGCCAACCCUGGGGGCCACUGCUUUGCCACACGGCAGUGCCAGCUGCAGGCAGGCUCAGCUAAUGCUUCUGCACGAAGCCUGGCAGAGUGCUGUGCUUGGCCUUGGGGACACAGCUGGCAGGAUGGCCGCUCCCAGGCCUGCCUCAGCUGCUCUAGCCCACACGGCCCAGGCAGCUCUCCCUCUCCAGCCCUCCUGCAGCCCCUGGUGGGGGCCGUGGCCCAGUUCUGGAGCCAGCGCCAGCAUCCCUCAGCCACCUGUGCCACCUGGUCAGGCUUCCACUACCGAACCUUUGAUGGGCACCAUUACCGCUUCCUGGGCCGCUGCACUUACCUGUUGGCGGGAGCUGCUGAUUCCACCUGGGCUGUCCACCUCACGCCCAGGGGGCAUUGCCCCCAACCUGGGCACUGUCAGCUGGCUCGAGUAGUGAUGGGACCAGAGGAGGUGCUGAUCCAAGGCAAAAAUGUCUCUGUGAAUGGGAAGCUGGUACCUGAUGGGGAGUCCCAGCUGCUCCACGGGCUGAGCCUGCAGUGGCAAGGAGACUGGCUGGUGGUCUCAGGGGGCCUGGGGGUCACUGUGCGCCUGGACAGAUCGACUUCGGUCUCCAUUUCUGUGGACUAUGAGCUCCAGGGACAAACUCAAGGUCUCUGUGGCGUCUACAAUGGCCAGCCUGAGGAUGACUUCCUGGAGCCUGGAGGGAGACUGGCUGUGUUAGCUGCCACCUUUGGGAAUUCCUGGAGGCUCCCUGACUCAGAGCCUGGGUGUCUGGAUUCGGUGGAGGCAGCCCAGGGCUGUGAGGACCCCCUGAGGGGCACAAAGGCAAGCACAGAGGCCGAAGCUCAGGAUGUGUGCCACCAACUGCUGGACAGUCCAUUCAGGGAAUGCCAUGUGCAGGCUCCCCCUGCCGAGUACUACCAGGCCUGCAUCUUUGCCUACUGUUCGGGGGCCCCAGCAGGCAGUGGGCGAGAGGGCCGGAGGGAAGCCGUGUGCGCCACCCUGGCCAAUUAUGCCCAGGAGUGUGCCAAGCAGCAUAUCCACGUGGGCUGGAGGAAGCCAGGCUUCUGUGAGCGUCUGUGCCCUGGAGGCCAGCUGUACUCAGACUGCACCUCGGCCUGCCCACCCAGCUGCUCCGCGGUGGCAGAGGGAGGGGAGGGGUCCUGCCGGGAAGCGUGCGUGAGCGGCUGCGAGUGCCCGGCCGGCCUCUUCUGGGACGGCGCCCUCUGUGUCCCUGCCGCCCGCUGCCCCUGCCACCACCGGCGCCGGCGCUACGCCCCCGGGGACACCGUGCGCCAGCGGUGCAACCUGUGCGUGUGCCAGGACGGCCGCUGGCUCUGCGCGCAGGCGCCGUGCCCCGCCGAGUGCGCGGUGGGCGGGGACGGGCAUUACCUCACCUUUGAUGGGCGGAGCUUCUCCUUCCGCGGCAGCCCGGGCUGCAGCUCCGUCCUGGUGCAGGACCUGAAGGGGCAGCUGCUGAUUGUGCUGGAGCACGGGGCCUGUGACAGUGGGAGCUGCCUCCAUGCCGUCUCUGUCUCUCUGGGGGACACCCACAUCCAGCUCAGAGACUCAGGGGCUGUGCUCAUCGAUGGGCAGGAUGUGGGCGUGCCGUGGAGUGGGCCUAAGGGCCUCCGUGUCUCCCGAGCCUCCUCCACCUUCCUACUGCUGCGCUGGCCUGGGGCCCAGGUCCUCUGGGGAGUGUCUGACUCUGCAACAUACAUCACUCUGGACCCCCGCCAUGCCCAUCAGGUGCAGGGUCUGUGUGGCACCUUCACAUGGAACCAGCAGGACGACUUCCUGACACCUGCUGGCGAUGUGGAGACCAGCAUUGCAGCCUUUGCUAUCAAGUUCCAGGUGGCAGGAGAGGGAAGGUGCCCCUCAGAAGACAGUGCCCCACUCUCCCCCUGCAGCACCCACAGUCAGUACCGCAUUUUCGCCGAGACAGCUUGUGCCGUCCUGCAUGGCCCAGCCUUCCAGGAAUGCCAAGGGCUGGUAGACAGGGAGCCGUUCCACCUGCGCUGCUUGGCAGCCGUGUGUGGCUGCGCUCCCGGCAAGGACUGCCUGUGCCCUGUGCUCGCUGCCUUUGCUCGUCGCUGUGCCCAAGAGGGUGCCCCAUCUCUCUGGAGGACCCAGACACUCUGCCCUGUCCCGUGUCCUGGGGGCCAGGAGUAUCAGGAGUGUGCCCCAGCGUGUGGUCACAACUGUGGGGAGCCAGAAGACUGUGGGGAGCUGGGCAGCUGUGUGGCUGGUUGCAGCUGCCCGCCAGGGUUGCUAUGGGACCCUGAGGGCGAGUGUGUGCCCCCCAGCAUGUGCUCCUGCCAGCUUGGAACUCAUCGCUAUGUUCCUGGCAGUGCCACCGUGAAGGACUGCAACCACUGUGUCUGCCAGGAGAGGGGCCUCUGGAAUUGCUCUGCUCACCACUGUGGCCCCCAGCAGACAUUCUGCCCUCAUGAGCUCGUCUAUGUCCCCGGUGCCUGCCUCCUCACCUGUGACAGCCCUAGUGCCAACCAUUCCUGCCCCCCAGACAGCACAGGGAGCUGUGUCUGUCCCCCAGGGACUGUGUUGCUGGAGGAACGCUGUGUGCCUCCUGAGCUCUGCCCCUGCCGUCACGGUGGGCAGUGGUAUCUGCCCAACGCCACCAUCCAGGAGGACUGCAACAUUUGUGUAUGUCAGGGUCGGCAGUGGCACUGCACAGGCCACCAGUGCAGUGGACGGUGCCACGCAUCGGGUGCCCCCCACUACGUGACCUUUGAUGGGCUGGCUUUCACCUUCCCUGGAGCCUGCGAAUAUCUGCUGGUGCGCGAGGCCAGUGGUCGGUUCACGGUGUCUGCCCAGAACCUGCCCUGCAGGGCCAGCGGCCUCACCUGCACCAAAGCCCUGACCGUGCAACUACAGAGCACUGUCGUGCACAUGCUCAGAGGCCGGGCAGUGAUGGUGAAUGGGGUGAGCAUAACACCCCCCAAGGUCUACACGGGCCCUGGGCUGAGCCUGCGUCGUGCUGGUCUCUUCCUGCUGCUCACGACCCGCCUGGGCCUCAGCCUGCUCUGGGAUGGAGGCACCCGGGUCCUGGUGCAGCUGGCCCCGCAGUUCCGCGGCCGUGUGUCUGGGCUGUGUGGAGAUUUCGAUGGAGAUGCCAGCAAUGACCUGCGGAGCCGCCAGGGUGUCCUGGAACCCACAGCUGAGCUGGCUGCCCACUCCUGGCACCUGAGUCCACUCUGCCCCGAGCCAGGGGACCUGGCACACCCCUGUACCGUGAACGCCCAUCGGGCCGACUGGGCCCAUGCCCGCUGCGGGGUGAUGCUGCAGUCGCUCUUUGCCCCGUGCCAUGCGGAGGUGCCCCCACAGCAGCACUACGAGUGGUGUGUGUAUGAUGCCUGCGGCUGCGAUUCGGGGGGUGACUGUGAGUGUCUCUGCUCAGCCAUUGCCACCUAUGCAGAUGAGUGUGCCCGGCGCGGACUCUAUGUCCGCUGGCGCAGCCAGGAGCUCUGCCCUCUGCAGUGUGAAGGGGGCCAGGUAUAUGAGGCCUGUGGCCCCAUAUGUCCCUCCACCUGCCAUGACCAUGGUACUGAGCCUGGGUGGCACUGCCAGGCUGUUGCCUGUGUGGAGGGCUGCUUCUGCCCCGAGGGGACUCUGCUGCAUGGAGGAGUCUGCUUAGAACCAGCUUCCUGCCCUUGUGAGUCAGGCGGCAGCUUCUUCCCCCCGGGGACCAUACUGCAAAACAACUGUGGGAACUGCACAUGCCAGGACAGUCAGUGGCUUUGUGGGAGCGACAGUACACGCUGUGAGGAACCGGUGCCUGGCUGUGUAGAGGGAGAGGUCCCAUGCCAGGAGAGUGGGCACUGUGUGCCCCACAGGUGGCUUUGUGACAACCAGGAUGACUGUGGCGAUGGCUCAGACGAGGAGGGCUGCGCCACUCCAGGCUGUGGGGAGGGGCAGAUGUCUUGCAGCUCUGGCCACUGCCUGCCCCUGGCCCUGCUCUGUGACGGGCAGGAUGACUGUGGAGAUGGGACAGAUGAGCAGGGCUGCCCAUGCCCCCACAACUCACUGACCUGCACUGAUGGGCGCUGCCUGCCCCCUGCGCUGCUCUGUGAUGGGCAUCCCGACUGUCCGGAUGCUGCUGAUGAAGAGGCCUGUCUGGGGCAGCUGCACUGCACUCCUGGGGAGGUGUCCUGUGUUGAUGGCACCUGCGUGGGGGCCAUCCUUCUGUGUGACGGGAUCUGGGACUGCCCAGAUGGAGCUGACGAGGGACCUGGGCACUGCCCCUUCCCUUUGCUGCCCACCCCCCCGGCCGGCACUCUGCCUGGCUCUUCCGCUGGCUUUGGGGAGACUGUCCAAACUCCCCUGGCCGGUGCCAGCUCCGCGCCGCCCUGCGGUCCCCUUGAGUUCCCGUGCGGCAGCGGCGAAUGCGCGCCCCGGGGCUGGCUCUGCGACGGCGAGGAGGACUGCGCGGACGGCAGCGACGAGCACGGCUGCGGCUGGCCCUGCGUGUCCCCCGCACAGUUGUGUGACGGCGAGCCGCACUGCCCGGAUGGCUCAGACGAGGGCCCUGACGCCUGCGAGGGGGUGACAGCCCCAGGAAGCCCCAAUGGAACAAGGGUUCCCUGCCCAGAAUACUCCUGUCCUGAUGGCCUCUGCAUCAGUUUCCAGCUGGUGUGUGAUGGACAGCCUGACUGUAAAUUGGCAGGGGAUGUAGGGCCUUCCCCAGAAGAGCAGGGCUGUGGGGCCUGGGGCCCCUGGGACUCAUGGGGACCAUGUAGCCAGACAUGUGGGCCUGGGGUGCAGGGCCGGAGCCGCCACUGCUCCCCACCUCAUCUGCCAGUGCUGCAGCGCUGUGGGGGCCCUGAGCACCAGACGCAGGCCUGCUUCACAGCCGCCUGCCCAGUGGAUGGCCAGUGGACCUCCUGGUCUUCCUGGUCCCUGUGCACUGAGCCGUGUAUGGGUACCAUGACCCGUCAGCGACAGUGCCAACACCCCCAGAACGGGGGCCGGACCUGUGCCAUGCUACCUGGGGGCCCUCACGCCACCCGUCAGAUCAGGCCCUGCCCUCAGGAUGGCUGCCCCAAUGCCACCUGCUCUGGGCAGUUGGUAUUCUGGCCCUGUGCCCCCUGCCCUCUGACUUGUGAUGAGAUCUCUGGUCAGGCUGUGUGCUCAGCUAACCAGCCCUGCAGCAGCCCAGGCUGCUGGUGCCCUGUAGGCCAGGUGCUGGGCAGUGAGGGGCGGUGUGUGUGGCCCCGGCAGUGCCCCUGCCUGCUGGACGGAGCCCGGUACUGGCCUGGGCAGCGCAUCAAGGCCAACUGUCAACUUUGCACCUGCCAAGAUGGGCGGCCCCAGCGCUGUCGGCCUGACCCAGACUGCGCUGUGAACUGUGGCUGGUCCUCCUGGUCCCCCUGGGCUGAGUGCUUGGGCCCCUGUGGGAGCCAGAACAUUCAGUGGUCCUUCCGGAGCCCCAACAACCCCCGCCUCUCCGGCCAAGGUCGCCAGUGCCGUGGCAUCCACCGCAAGGCCCGCAGGUGCCAGACGGAACCCUGUGCGGGCUGUGAGCAGCAGGGCCGGGUCCGUGGUGUGGGGGAGCGCUGGCGAGAGGGCCCCUGCAGAGUCUGCCAGUGUCUGCACAACAGCACCGUGCACUGCUCCCUCUACUGUCCGCUGGGCAGCUGCCCCCAAGGCUGGGUCCUGGUGGAGGGAAUGGGAGACUCAUGUUGCUACUGCGCCCAGCCUGGUGAGAACCAGAUGAUCCACCCCAUGGCCACUCCUACCCCCUCUCCAGCCUUCCAUCCCCAGAUCGGACCCCCUCUGGUCACCUACGUUCUGCCUCCGCCUGGAGACCCCUGCUAUUCUCCGCUGGGCCUGGCCCGACUCCCCAGGGGAAGCCUGGAGCCGGAGCUCCCCACCCAGGCUGCUGUGCUGGGGGAUUCCACCCCGGGGCCUGGCUCUCAGGGUCGGAACAUCGCAAAGAACACUUACACUCAGCAGCACACCUGGCCCGCCUACCUGCAGCUGGACCUGCUGCUGCCCCAGAACCUCACUGGCAUCAUCACGCAGGGGGCUGGGUCGUUGGACCUGCUCCAGUUCAGCAGUGAUGGUCUACACUGGCACAACUAUAGUGACAUCCUGCCUGGUAGCCUGCCCCCAGCCGAGCUUUUCUCUAGGAACAGGGAUGAUGUGCGCCCCCCAGUGCAGAUGUUUGGCCAGAUGAUACAAGCCCGGCAUGUACGGGUGUGGCCCCACGUCCCCAGGGGUGACCACAGCAUCUCCCUGCAGGUGGAGCUGCUGGGCUGUGAGCCAGCACCCCUGUGCCCAGAGGCUUGGCACCGCUGUGCCUCUGGUGAGUGUGCUCCACGAGGGGUGCUGUGUGACGGCAUGAAGGACUGUGAGGAUGGCUCAGAUGAGGAGGGCUGUGGGCCCCACCCCGCCACCACUGGCAGGUAUGGGGUACCCUGCUACCCAGCUCAGCCUCAGAGGGACCAGCCCUGGCCCAGGCUGAGCCCUCUCCAUCCACAGGGUCUGACAGAGGCUGAAGGCUGGCAUCCCUGGCAAGGGUCACCCAUACCCCCCACAGAGAAAGGGCCAGUGACUCAGGUCCCAGGCUCUGAGGCUCCUCGCUUGAGUCCUAGGGAAUCUGUGCAGACCAGGACCACACCCUCCCCAACCCAGCCUGAGGCCACAUCCCCAGGACCAGGAAUGGCAGCCGUGACAGUGCUCCCCAAGUACCCAGAGACUCCAGGGGCCCCUGCUGGCCAGAGUGUCACCCUGGAGCCCUUCCCGCCAGUGUGGUGCAGCCCAGGCCAGGUGCCCUGUGAGGUGCUGGGCUGCGUGGAGCAGCAGCAGGUGUGCGAUGGGAGGGAGGACUGUCUGGAUGGCUCUGACGAGAAGCACUGUGUGGGCCCUGUGCCCUUCACGGUGCCCACCACGGCCCUACCCGGGCUGCCGGCCUCGCGAGCCCUCUGCUCCCUGAGCCAGCUGAGCUGCGGUAGUGGUGAGUGCCUGCCGGCUGAGCGGCGCUGUGACCUGCGGCCCGACUGCCAGGAUGGCUCUGACGAGGAUGGCUGUGUGGACUGCAGGCUGGCGCCCUGGUCUGCCUGGAGCAGCUGCAGCCGCACCUGCGGGCCGGGCCUCGCCUCCCAGCGCCGGGACGUGUUGCGGCCUUCCCUGCCCGGGGGCAGCUGCCCAUCCGACAGGCUCCGCAGCCAGCCCUGCUUCGUGCAGGCCUGCCCAGUGGCUGGGGCGUGGGCUGUGUGGGGGCCCUGGGGGCCCUGCAGUGUCUCCUGUGGGGGUGGCCAUCGGAGUCGCCAGAGGAACUGUGUGGACCCCCCGCCCAAGAAUGGUGGUGCUCCCUGCCCUGGGGCCUCCCAGGAGGGAGCACCCUGCAGCUUGCAGCCCUGCACAGGUGACACAGACUGUGGGCUGGGCCGUGUGCAUAUUAGUGCUGAGCUGUGCCAGAAGGGGCUUGUGCCACCGUGUCCACCCUCCUGCAUGGAUCCUGAGGCCAACCGAAGCUGCAGCGGGCACUGUCUGGAGGGAUGCCGCUGCCCCCCUGGGCUCCUCCUCCACGAUGCUCGCUGCCUGCCCCUCUCUGAGUGCCCUUGCCUCGUGGGUGAAGAGCUGAAGCAGCCAGGGGUGCCCUUCCUCCUGGACAACUGCAGCCGCUGCCUGUGUGAGAAGGGGGCCCUGCUGUGUGAACCAGGGGACUGCCCCGUGCCCUGCGGCUGGUCAGCCUGGUCUUCCUGGGGUCCCUGUGACCGCUCCUGUGGCUCUGGAGUGAGGGCCAGGUUCAGAUCCCCUUCCAACCCACCGGCUGCUUCCGGGGGUGCCCCGUGUGAAGGCAACAGUCAGGAGCUGCAGGCCUGCCAUGUGGAGUGCGGGACAGAGGUGCUGGGCUGGACCCCCUGGGCGCCCUGGUCCUCCUGUUCCCGGAGCUGCCUUACCCUUGGAGGAGGCCCCGGUUGGCGCAGUCGUUUCCGGCUCUGCCCCAGCCCCGGGGACACAUCCUGCCCAGGAGAGGCCACCCAGGAGGAGCCCUGUAACCCCGCUAUGUGCCCAGUGCCAAGCACCUGGGGUUUGUGGGCUCCCUGGUCCACUUGCUCAGCCCCCUGUGAUGGAGGCAUCCAGAUACGUGGGCGCAGCUGCUCUGGGGACCCCGAGUGCCAGGGACCUCACAGCCAGACCAGGGAUUGCAACACACAGCCCUGCACAGCUCAAUGCCCGGGGGACAUGGUGUUCCGCUCAGCAGAGCAAUGCCAGCAGGACGGGGGCCCCUGCCUUCAGCUGUGCCUGGCUCAGGCCCCGGGGGUAGAGUGCACCAGCUUCUGUGCCCCUGGCUGCACCUGCCCCCCUGGCCUCUUCCUGCACAAUGCCAGCUGCUUGCCCCGUAGCCGGUGUCCCUGCCAGCUGCAUGGGAGGCUCUACCCACUGGGAGCAGUGGCUCUGCUGGACUCCUGCAACAACUGCACCUGUGUGUCUGGUGAGAUGGUGUGCACCUCGGAGCCCUGCCCAGUGGCCUGUGGCUGGAGCCCCUGGACCCCAUGGAGUCUCUGCAGCCGCAGUUGCGACGUGGGCAUUCGGCGGCGCUUCCGGGCAGGCACUGCGCCUCCAGCUUCCUUUGGGGGUGCUGCAUGCCAGGGCCCCAACAUGGAGGCCGAAUUCUGCAGCCUGCGGCCGUGUCGGGGUCUUGGUGGGGAGUGGGGCCCCUGGUCUCCGUGCUCUGUGCCCUGCGGCAGUGGCUACCGGAACCGCACCCGAGGCGGUGGCCUGCCUGGCCUUCUAGACUUCUCCAGCUGUGGGCUGCAGCCCUGUGCAGGGCCCGUGCCUGGCAUGUGUCCCGGGGACAAGCGGUGGCUGGACUGUGCCCAGGGUCCUGCCUCCUGUGCAGAGCUCAGUGCACCUCCAGGGAUUAACCAGACCUGCCACCCCGGCUGCUACUGCCCAUCCGGGACACUCCUGCUGAACAACAUAUGUGUGCCCUCCCAGGACUGCCCCUGUGCCCACGGUGGGCGCCUUUAUCCCCCAGGCAGUGUGGUGCUUCGUCUGUGUGAGAACUGCUCCUGUGUUUCUGGGCUUAUCACCAACUGCACCUCCUGGCCCUGUGAGGAGGGUCAGCCCCUGUGGUCACCCUGGACCCCAUGGAGCGAGUGCUCUGCCUCCUGUGGCCCUGCCCGACGCCACCGGCACCGCUUCUGCACCAGGCCCCCCACCACGGAACUGACCCUCAAGGCGCCGCUAUCUCCACCAAACCUGCCUACACCUCUGUGCCCAGGCCCCGACGCUGAGGAGGAGCCCUGCCUCCUGCCAGGGUGUGACCGAGCUGGGGGCUGGGGUCCUUGGGGGCCCUGGUCCAGCUGUAGCCGGAGCUGUGGGGGAGGCCUGCGGAGCCGGAUGCGAGCCUGUGACCAGCCCCCUCCCCAGGGCCUGGGGGACUUUUGUGAGGGGCCUCAGGCCCAGGGAGAGGCCUGCCAGGCUCUGCCGUGCCCAGUGACCAACUGCACUACCAUUCAGGGGGCAGAGUACAGCCCCUGUGGCCCUGCCUGUCCUCGCUCCUGUGACGACCUCGUGCACUGCGAGUGGCACUGCCAGCCAGGCUGCUACUGCCCUCCAGGCCAGGUGCUGAGUGCCGAUGGGGCCUUCUGCGUGCAGCGCAGCCACUGUGGCUGCUUGGACCUGCUGAGCGGGGAGCGGCACCAGCCAGGGGCUCGGCUGCCCAGGCCCGAUGGCUGCAACUAUUGCACCUGCUCAGAGGGGAGGCUGAACUGCACAGACCUGCCUUGCCCAGUGCCUGGUGGCUGGUGUCCAUGGUCGGAGUGGACAGCAUGCUCCCAGCCCUGCAGGAGCCAGAUGAGGACUCGCUCCAGGGUCUGCACCUGCCCUACUCCUCAGCAUGGGGGGACCCCAUGCCCCGGGAAAGCAGGGGAGGCAGGGGCCCAGCAUCAGAAGGAGGCCUGCCCCAGCUCCCCCGACUGCCCAGUGGAUGGAGCCUGGAGCCCCUGGGGACUGUGGUCUCCCUGUGACCCGUGCCUGGGGCAGUCCCAUCGGAGCCGGGCGUGUGUCUGGCCCCCAACCCCGGAGGGAGGCAGGCCCUGCCCUGGGAGCUACAGGCAGAGUCGCCCUUGCCAGGACAAUGCCACACAAUGCACAGACUGCGGGGGUGGCCAGGGUCUUCUCCCCUGUGGGUGGCCCUGUCCCCGCUCCUGCCAGGACCUGUCUCCUGGGAGUGUGUGCCAGCCGGGCUUGACGGGUUGCCAGCCCAGCUGUGGGUGCCCCCCUGGCCAGCUGUCCCAGGAUGGCAUUUGUGUGCCUCCUGCCCACUGCCGCUGCCAGUACCAGCCUGGAACCAUGGGGAUUCCUGAGAACCAGAGCCGGUCAGCGGGGCCUGGGCUCAGCUCCUGGGAGAGCCUGGAGCCCGGAGAGGUGGUAACUGGGCUCUGUGACAACUGCACCUGUGUGGAGGGCAUCCUGCGCUGCCAGGAGGUGCCUGGCUGCCCUGGCCCUGGUGUGUGGGGUUCUUGGGGCCCCUGGGAAGACUGCAGUGUUUCGUGUGGAGGUGGGGAGCAGCUUCGUUCCCGGAGAUGUGCCCGGCCCCCCUGCCCUGGGCUGGCCCGCCAGAGCCGCACCUGCCACACCCAGGUCUGCAGAGAGGCAGGCUGCCCAGCUGGACGUCUGUACCGGGAGUGCCAGCCCAGUGAGGGGUGCCCCUUCUCCUGCACCCACGUCACGUGGCAGGUGGGCUGUUUCUCCGCUGGCUGCGAGGAGGGCUGCCACUGCCCCGUGGGCACCUUCCAGCACCGCCUGUCUUGUGUCCAGGAGUGCCCCUGUGUGCUGCCAGCCUCACUGCUGCGGGAGCUGGGGGCUGCGGGUGCUGACCCUGGGGCUCGUCCACCUAUUCUGGGAGAGGAUGGUGGGGCCCUUGGGCCUGGGGAUGAGUUGGGCUCAGGCCAGAGCCUUCGUACAGACUGCAGUAACUGCUCCUGUGUGCAUGGGAAGCUGUCUUGCUCCGUGGGGGACUGCUCUGAGGCUGCUGAUGGCUUCAGUCCCUGGGGGCUGUGGGGCCCAUGCUCCCGCUCUUGUGGUGGGCUGGGCACCAGAACCCGCAGCCGCCAGUGUAUGCAGCCCUCCCUGGCUCCAGGCAGCCUGGGUUGCAGUGGGCCCCGCCAGGACCUCAAAUACUGCCUCAGCCCCGACUGCCCAGGGGCUGGAGAGUUCACAGUGGAGCCAGUAACAAGCAUUCCAGGCGGCUGGGGCCCGUGGUCUCCAUGGUCCCCCUGCUCUCACACCUGCACAGACCCCACGCACCCUGCUUGGCGCAGCCGCACUCGCCUCUGCCUGGCAAACUGCACUGGGGGUGACGCUUCACAGGAGCGCCCUUGCAACCUGCCCUCUUGCACAGAGCCAUCCCCGUGCCCCAGCCCUGGCUGUGUGGCCGGGAACUGUUCCUGGACUGCCUGGGCUCCGUGGGAACCUUGCUCUCGAAGCUGCGGGGUAGGCCAGCAGCGCCGACUACGGGCAUACCGUCCCCCGGGGCCCGGUGGGCACUGGUGCCCGGACAUCCUGACUGCUUACCAGGAGCGUCGCUUCUGCAACCUGCGGGCCUGCCCAGUGCCUGGAGGCUGGUCACGCUGGAGUUCCUGGUCCUGGUGUGACCGGAGCUGUGGGGGGGGCCGGUCCCUGAGGAGCCGCAGCUGCUCAAGCCCCCCGCCCAAGAACGGGGGUGCCCCCUGUGUUGGGGAGAGGCACCAGUCUCGGCUCUGCAACCCCUUGCCCUGUGAGGAGGGCUGCCCAGCAGGCAUGAACAUGGUCAGCUGUGCUGACCGCUGCCCCCGCCACUGCUCAGACCUCCAGGAGGGGAUCGUGUGUCAAGAUGGCCAGGCCUGCCAGCCGGGUUGCCGCUGCUCUGAGGGCUUCCUGGAGCAGGACAGUGGCUGUGUGCCAAUUGAGCACUGCGAGUGUACAGAUGCCCAGGGCCAUAGCUGGGCCCCGGGCAGCCGGCACCAGGAGGCCUGCAACACCUGCACCUGCCAGGCUGGGCGGUUCUCCUGCAUGGCUCAACCCUGCCCACCACCUGCCCACUGUGCCUGGAGCCGCUGGUCAGCCUGGAGUCCCUGCAGCCGCUCAUGUGGGCCCGAGGGGCAGCAGAGCCGCUUCCGGUCCUCCACCUCGGGCUCAUGGGCCCCGGAGUGUCGGGAGGAGCAGUCCCAGAGCCAGCCCUGCCCUCAGCCCCCAUGCCCACCCCUGUGCCUGCAUGGUGGCCGCCUCCACACGCUGGGGGACAGCUGGUUGCAGGGCGAGUGCCAGCAGUGCUCCUGCACCCCGGAGGGCAUCAUCUGUGAAGACAUCGAGUGUGCAGUCCCUGGGGCCUGGACGCUGUGGUCCCCCUGGUCUGAAUGCUCUGUCUCUUGUGGAGGUGGAAACCAGCUUCGCACCCGGGGCUGCAUGGCCUCGGGUCUUGGCCACAGCAGAGCCCCCUGCCUGGGCCCUGGCACCCAGACCCAGCGCUGUGGACAGCAGCCUUGCCUGGGGCUGCUGGAGUCCUGCUCCUGGGGCCCCUGGGGGCCCUGUUCCCGCAGCUGCGGCCCAGGCCUGGCCUCCCGCUCUGGGUCCUGCCCCUGCCCACUGGCUGAAGUCGACUCUACCUGCAAUGGCACCUUCCUCCACCUGGACACGCAGGCCUGCUACCCAGGACCCUGCCUGGAGGAGUGCGUGUGGAGCAGCUGGAGCAGCUGGACACCAUGCUCGUGCCAGGUGCCCGUCCAGCAGCGCUACCGGCACCAGGGUCCAGCGCCCGGAGGGGCCGGGGAGAGGCCUCCCUGCACACGACUGGACGGCCACUUCCGGCCUUGCCCAGUCAGCAACUGCUCUGAGGACAGCUGCCCACCUCCCUUUGAGUUCCAGGCGUGUGGCUCCCCCUGUACCGGGCUCUGUGCCACAUACCUGAGCCAUGGGCUCUGCCAAAACCUGCCACCCUGCCAGCCCGGCUGCUACUGCCCUGAGGGGCUGCUGGAACAGGCUGGGGGCUGCAUUCCCCCAGAGCAGUGUAGCUGCCUACACAUCACAGGAGAAGGAGCCAGGGUCACCCUGGCUCCCGGGGACCGCCUGCAGCUGGGCUGCAAAGAGUGUGAAUGCCAGCGCGGAGAGCUGCAGUGCACCAGCCAGGGCUGUCAAGGUCUUCUGCCUCUGAGUGAAUGGUCUGAGUGGUCACCCUGUGGGCCCUGCCUGCCCCGUGGUGUGCUGGCUCCUGCCUCCAGGACUGCUCUGGAGGAGCACUGGUCUCAGCACCCAGCUGGCCUCUCCCCCACCUUGGCCCCCUUGCUGGCUUCGGAGCAGCACCGUCAUCGCCUCUGUUUGGACCCUGAGACGCGGAGGCCGUGGGCUGGGGACCCAGACCUCUGCACUGUACCACUCAGCCAGCAACGCCUCUGCCCAGACCCUACGGCCUGCCAUGACUUAUGCCAGUGGAGUCCUUGGGGGCCCUGGAGCCCCUGCCAGGUGCCCUGCAGUGGGGGUUUCCGGCUACGCUGGAGGGAGGCAGGGGGGCCCCCCAGAGGGGUCUGCCGAGAGCCAUGGGCUCAGACUGAGAGCUGCAACGUGGGGCCCUGCCCAGGGGAGAGCUGCAAAGCCCGAGACACCGUGCCGACCCCUGACUGUGCCAACCAGUGCCCUCGAAGCUGUGCUGACCUCUGGGACCGCGUGCAGUGUCUGCAGGGACCAUGCCACCCAGGCUGCCGCUGCCCCCCUGGCCAACUGAUACAGGAUGGGCACUGCGUGCCCAUCGCCUCAUGCCGCUGUGGCCUCCCCAGCCCCAACGCCUCAUGGGUGGUGGCCCCAGCCGAGGUGGUACAUCUGGACUGCAAAAACUGCACCUGUAUCAACGGGUCCCUGAUGUGCCCAUCCCAUGAGUGCCCCAUCCUUGGGCCUUGGUCUGCCUGGAGCAACUGCUCUGCUCUGUGUGGUGGGGGCACUAUGAUGCGGCACCGGAGCUGCAAGGAGGCUCCUGUGGGGGUACCCUGCCAGGCCCAGGACACAGAGCAGCGGCAGGGAUGUAACCUGCAGCCCUGCCCUGAGUGCCUACCCGGCCAGGUGCUCAGGGCCUGUGCCACUUCGUGCCCAUACCUCUGCUCGCAUCUGCAGCCCGGUGCCAACUGUGUGCAGGAGCCCUGCCAGCUUGGCUGUGGCUGCCCCGGAGAGCAGCUGCUGCACAAUGGCACGUGUGUGCCCCCUGCUGCGUGCCCCUGCACCCAGAGCUCUCUGCUGUGGGGCCUCACCUUGACCCCUGAAGAGCAGUCCAGGGAGCUUCCCCCAGGGACUGUGCUCACCUGGAACUGUACCCGCUGUAUCUGCCAACAGGGAGCCUUCCGCUGCUCUCUAGCCGACUGUCAUGAGUGUCCCUCUGGAGAAAUGUGGCAGCAGGUAGCCCCCGGGGACCUGGGGUCCUGCGAGCGGACGUGCCAGGAGCCCAACACCACGGAGACUCUGGGCAACUGCAGUGCGGGGCAGGCCCCAGGCUGUGUGUGCCAGCACGGGCUCUUGCGCAGCCAGGCAGGCCUCUGCGUGCCCACAGACCACUGCGAGUGCUGGCGCCACGGGCAUCCCCACCCGCCUGGAUCCGAAUGGCAGGAGGCCUGUGAAAGCUGCCGCUGCCUCCAUGGGAGGAGUGUCUGCACCCAGCGCUGCCCCCCCCUCACCUGUGCCCAGGACGAGGUGACCAUGCAGGAGCCAGGGAGCUGCUGUCCCACUUGCCGCCAAGUGACUCUGGAGGAGCAGUCAGCUUCCUGCCGGCAUCUCACAGAGCUGCGCAACCUCACCAAAGGCCCCUGCUACCUAGACCAGGUGGAAGUGAGCUACUGUGGUGGGUACUGCCCAUCCAGCACCAAUGUCAUGCCUGAGGAGCCGUACCUGCAGAGCCAGUGCGGCUGCUGCAGCUACAGCCUGGACCCCGAGAGCCCCGUGCGCAUCCUGAAUCUACGCUGUCCCGGCGGCCGCAUGGAACCGGUGGUGCUGCCGGCCAUCCGCAGCUGCCAGUGCAGCGCCUGCCUUGGAGGUGAUUUCUCAAAGCACUGAUGGCUCAGCUGCAUGAGGCUGCCUUGCCCCACUGAUGCAAUCACCAGGCUUAGAGGCACUGUCCCUUUCCUCCCCGGCUGACCAAUCCACUCCAUGCCCUGGUACCAGCAUAUCCCAAAUAAA